UGCCAUCACUAAGUCAAGUCUAGAAUUAUUUCAUAGUUUUUCGUAAACAAAACGAAAAACUCCACAUAGAUGGCCACCUGGACACAAAAUGAGCCGACAGGUGUCACCAAGCGCAGGCGUUGGAAUCUGGAAGAUCGUGCCUCAUUGAACAAACUUAAGCAUCACAUUGCCGAGGAGGGAUGUCCCCAGAUGCAAUACGAUCUGGCCAAGGAGUUACUCGAUAAUGGCAUAGUAGAGCCCAAUCUUGCCAAAGGCAAUCAGAACCAGAAGGCCGUCAACUGGCUGGUGAGUGCCGCACACAAUGGACACGAGGAUGCGGCCAAGCUGCUCCGCCAGUGUUACAACGAUGGCAGCGGUAUUACGGCAGAGAAUGCGGACGAAGUGCGUCGCUGCCUGGCCAUGACUCCUGGCGAACGAGCGGCCAGAAAAGCAGCCCGGGAGCUUUUUGCCUGCCUCUCAAAUGGAAACGAGCAUAUAACGCCCAAGCAGCUGGAGCGCAAAAUGCGGCGAAUUUACAAUCUGCAACGCAAGCGACGUCGACGCGACGAUGAACGCUCCUCGUCGAGCAGCGAAGGAGAACAGGAGCCGGAGUGCGAACCCCUCGAAGAUGUGCCCACUAUUGACCUAGCCAAUGUGGAGCGACGCCGCCUGAUCACCGAAGCUCACCUCGUUUCGGCAGCUUCCAAUUACAGUGCCGGACAAAUGCCCAGCGUUAAUGAUGCUCUCACAUUAUCUGUCCCGGAUCCGAGGAGCUUGGACCAUGUACCCUGCUUCUACCGCAUGAUCUUCCACCCGCUCAUCUUCUUCACCCUCUUCUACCACCGACUGCUCAACUUGAUUGUGUCCAUACCCAACGUCAUUCCGCUUAGUGUACGCUGCAGCGUGCUCGUCGCAAUCUCUUGGUGGAGCAGCCGGCACAUGCUGCCCCUGGUUAGCUAUUACCUCAGUCUGGGCAUCAUGAUCUGGGCCACGUGUAAGAUGCUCAAAACCAAACAACAGUUCGUGGACUUCCGCAUCUGGUCGGGACUGUUUCUCAGCUAUGGAGAUCAGAACAUCGAGGCGGACAUUGCGGAGCAGCGAUUUUUACGCAACAAUAUGAAGCCGUACCUGUACUUUUUUUGUGCCUUCAUUUGCAACCUGAUCGUCUACCCGCUGGUUACAGACGCCUGGCUGCCACACUCGGAGCUGACUAUUAUCUCUGGAGCCUUCACCUUUAUCACCAUGUGCGUGUCUAUGUACGCCUCCUCCCACCUACUGCCUGACUGGCUAGUGAUCGUUUCCUUUGCCGUAAAUGUGCUUGCCAAAUAUCCGUACGAAAUGGACGAGGUUGUGUCCACUCGCUGGCGCUUUCUUGACCUACGCGUACCUACCUUCUCAUCGUUUGUCAUUGGCAAUGGGAUUGAAUUCUGCUUGAAUUGCCGCACUGCCUUGUAUCUCUUUAUUCCUGUACUGCUAAUUAUGAUGGCCAAGCGCUCCCGUUGGCAUGGCGUCUACACAUUCCUCAUCCCGCACUGUGUAACGCUCAGUUGGCUGCAAGUCUGCAUUGCCACCUCUCAAAGUUCCACCGUGUUUGGAGUGAUGCGUGCGGCCCUCGGCUUGGCUGGAAUUGUCUUAUUUCUCCCUCUGUUUGGAAUUGUGGCACUGCUGGUGCCUGUCUUCGUGGCCAUCGAUAGCUUGGGACUGGCCAGUGAGCAGCUUAGGUGGGGCAGCACAGCUCUCGCCUGCGGGCUGGUAGUUGUCCUGUCUUGCAUUUUGGCGCUAAACCGAGCCACCCAGAAAUACAUCACAAUGCUGCAGCUCAUCAUGGCGGUCACUACAGCGUGCUUGUUGGUCUUUCCCUAUAUGACAUCUAGCUUUAAGGAUACGCCCCGCUUUAAUGCCAUGCCCAGAGUGGGUCUGCACUCGCUUACCGAGUCGAAUACUCUGCCCUGGGAUCGCUUUCAUGCACUUUGUGCUCAACCUUAUUACGAGCAGCCGAACAAGAUAAAGGCCCAGCUGCGUUGCUCCCAUCUGAAUGGAAUGCCCGUGACAUGGGAGGGCAGCGUCACCAAAGUGGAAAUCUCUCGAGUGUCCAACUUUUUGGAGGAUUUCAUUGCCAACUAUCUGCCCGUGUGGCUUGGCCGGAUGCUGCGCUGCUUGCAUGGCGAGAAUAUAUCGCAGCACUUCAAAUGCGAUCCCAAAUUGGAUGCCCAGUGCGAGGAGUGGCGAAGCGUAAUCAAGACGUUUAAUGCGCAGAGCGGUAGUUGCACACUGCAGCGUUGGAAUCGCUACGAGUACGAGCUGCUGGUCAAGGUGGGCACCAAAAAGGGUGGCCGACUCCUUGGCCGUUCCGCCACCACAGAUGUGAUCCUACGAGCUCACCAUGACUUUGGGAACUUCACACGGCUCCUAAGCGAGGGCGAUGUCGUACUUUUCUACGGAAUCUUGCACAAUUCGCGGCUUUUGGCUGACAACGUGCAGGUGAAGCUGAAAACCAUCGAGUGUGUGGAAUGCCGGUCGCGUGAUUUGGGUACGGCCAGUAUCGAGCGAGUGGUGGCUGCUUCACCCAUGGAUGCCCGUCUCCAAGAUUUGAUGAGAGGCAUCAAGUAUUUGUUGAACGCAUUGUUGAAUCCUUUAAUUACAUUCAAGUAAUUUUCAUUCUAUUAAAAGACACAGGAAAAUGAGUUACUUGGAAAUCGCUCAUCCCAUUUUAUUGUUAUCAAUAAAAUAUGUAUUUAUUUAAAGUAAAA